CUCAGGACUCGUUGGAUGCUGCUCUGCUUUCCUGCUGCUACUGCUGCUGUUGCUGGCACUCAUUUCAUUUGAUUUUUAACUGUCAUCGACGGCAGUUCAGACCGCUAGCCACGCGUUUUCCAUCCUGUGCUUAAUAUUAUUUAUAUAUUUUUUUAAAGUGAAUAUAAGCAGUGCAAAAUAAUUUCAACAAAUAUAUUUCUUAACUCGAGAAACUUAGAGGCGGCAAUGAAGGACAACGGCAACAUCUCGUCGAGCGGCACAGCGGGAAUGGGGAUAACUUGCACCGUCGGAGGAGCAACGGCAACAACAACAACGACGGCGGGGGCCACCUCUAGCAAUGCCACGCCCAGUGCGCCCAGCACGCCCACAACAGCAGCAGCGGCAUCUGCCGCAGACCCCGCAUCAGCAGCAGCGCAGCAAAAUCCACAGCAACGCAGCAAGAGCAACAUCCAUGAGCUGAGAAACCAGGACUUCGUCAGUCGCCUAAUGGCAGCCACUCCACCGUAUUUGUAUUCCGCUCCAGUGGGACCGAACAAUUUCUUUUUCAGCGACAUGCUGCGCUCCUUGGUGCAGGCGCGAAAUAAUGAGACCGCACGUGUGCUGCAGCUGCAGCAGCAGCAGCAACAGCAGGCGCACCAGCAGCAGCAGCAGCAACAACAACAACAGCAGCAGCAACACCAGGCUGCUUUGGUGAGGCGACCAAGAAAGCGUUCCUGGUCGCAUCGUCCUUACUACGAGCAAUUGCGAGAACGACGCGAUGCAGAGGAGAAGCAGCAGCAGCAGCAGCAACAUCACCAGCAGCAGCAGCAACAUCACCAGCAGCAGCAGCAACAUCAGCAGCAGCAUCAACAGCUUCAACAGCAAAUGGCGCCUGAGAAACCGCUCGAGCUAACCAAUAAGACAAUAACGCCCUUUGGCUAUGCCAAAAUGGAGGCCAAACCACCCAUAGCAGCAUCAGUAGCCACAGCUGCACCGCCCAGCACCACCAGCAGUAAAUCUGGUCUGGGUGGUGCGGUGGAUGCCAGCCUGCAGGAUAACACACCGCCGGCGGCCUCGUUGCCGCCACAGGAUUUGGUCCUGCCACCGCCACCACCCGUGUGGUAUCCACCACUCUACGCCCCCUACGGCAUCGAUCCACUGCACUUCUUCAUCGAUCUCCGGGUGUCCGGGCACAUAUACGACAGGAAGAAGGAGAAUGUCUCACCGCUGUCGAGUAGCAACAAUGCGAUUGCCGAUGAGGGAUCACCGGGGUCCUGUUCCUCGGCGGGUGCCACUUCCGGUUCCGGUUUGGCCAGUAACUUGCUGAGCAAACAGCGUCACGGUUCCGCCUUCACCGUACCAAUACCCAAAGCAGCCCAAAACGAUGCCAUCAAUCUGUGCGCCAAUGCAGGCGGUUCAACGGCAGAUGGAGUGACCACCACUACAUUGGGCAGCAAAUUCGAGCACUAUGCCAAGUACUACGAUCUGGGUGAGACCAAGGAGAAUCAGCCAUCCAGUACGGCGGCCAACCUUUCGGCAGCCGCUGCUGCCGCCGCUGCAGCUGCGAAUCUUUCGAAAUCAGGAGCCAGCUAUAUGUUGCAACAUCUGCCACGGCUAUAUAGUCAAUUUGCCGCCCAUCAGGCGCAGGUGCAGAGCCAGGACACGGAUGCCAAGUCGGAGUCCGCAUCGGUUAGUGCUUCACUUUCGGCCCCUGAUCUUUGCGACGAGGACUCAUUGGGUCGCAAUUCCAGUGACACCGGGGCCGGAUUGGAGGGAACUAGCGGUGGGCAGGGCAACUGCGACAUCGACGUGGAGAUCAUAGACUCCAUCAAGUAUCGAACGGAUGGCGAGAGCAGUCGCUGUUCCAGUAACGACGAGGCCUCCAUCACACAGAUCGAUUGAGGCCACAGUACCAA